AUGCAACCCUCUAGCCUGGUUGGCAGCGGUCACAUUGAUGAGGCCGCCAUCAUCAGCGCCGCCGGCGACAGCGUCUGGGCAACCUCGCCCAAGUUUUCUCUCAAGCCUGAGGAGCUGAAGGCGAUUGCUGCCAUCUUCGAGGCCAACAGCCAGCCCGCGAUCGACAAGGCCUACAGCGAGGGCCUGCACGUUGCCGGCGAGAAGUACGUCGCCACGAUUGUCAGCGCCGAGGACAACAUUGCGAUGAUCCGGAAGGGCAAGACCGGUGUCGCCAUUGCCAAGACGAAGCAGGCGAUUGUUGUCGGCCACUACGGCGAAAACGCACAGGCGAGCAACGCGCGGGCAACUGUCGAGGCCCUGGCCGACUACCUCCGCAAACAGGGAUACUAA